AUUUUCCCUUAUUUUCAUUUUGGCCCCUCCUUUACUCCUCAAAACCCACCCAGUCCUCCACCACCUUGUCCACCUCUCUCACUCUUUCUCUCUCUUAAACCUUCACAUUCUCUCUCUACAUUCUGCAUGUCAUUCACACUUUAAAACUCAUUAUCACACGCUCUUAUCUCUCUGCAAAACCACACUUCGCUUUCCCCUUCACCUACACAGGGACCAAUGGAGGCACCGGACUUCUUUAUCGGUGGCUACUUCAGCAGCGGAGCAGCGGCUGAGUUCUUGCCUGACAAAAGAAUUUCUGAUCAGAAACCUGGGGACCACUUCGUAGUCGAUGACCUUCUCCAUUUCCCAAACGAGGAUGAUGCUAUAAUGACAGAUGGUUUCUUUGAUAAUAUCACUAAAAAUUGCACUGCUACUAUUGAUUCUUCCGUGUUCAACUCCAAUGACAGCAGCAAUUCUUCCAUUUCCGGCAAUCAAGUCGGUCACCAGAACUUAGCUGAUUCUCACUUCUCCAGCGAACUCUGCAUUCCGUAUGAUGACUUGGCUGAGCUUGAAUGGCUCUCAAAUUUUGUGGAAGAUUCUUUCUCAAUGGAACAAAACCUCCAAGGCAACCUCCACAUUCUCUCCGGAUCCAAACCACCGACACCCGAGUCCUCUUCAUCUGAAUCCCACGCGGAACCAGUCGCCCGUAAUCUUAACAACCCAAUGUUUGAGCACGAAACUCCACUCCCCGGUAAGGCCCGUUCCAAGCGCUCCCGAGCUGCCCCAUGUGAUUGGUCCACGCGUCUCGUCCACCUCUCACACGCGACCAAACCGUCCUCCAAAAAACAAGAGAAUCAUAAUUCGAAUCCCGGUACGGAAGCUCCGGUCAGGAAUUGUCUUCAUUGUCAGGCGGAGAAGACCCCUCAAUGGCGGACUGGCCCUAUGGGACCAAAAACUUUGUGUAAUGCUUGUGGAGUACGAUACAAGUCGGGUCGGUUGGUACCCGAAUAUCGACCUGCAGCGAGUCCAACUUUUGUGUCGACGAAGCAUUCAAAUUCUCACAGGAAAGUUUUGGAGCUUAGAAGACAGAAGGAAUUGCAAAGAGCACAACAGGAACAGUUUCUACAUCAAAGUUCAAUUUUUGGCGUAUCCAACGGUGGCGAAGAUUUCUUGAUCCAUCAUCACAGUGGGUCCAAUUUUAGACAUAUGAUCUAGUGGGUCCGAGAGUAGGAUUAGUUUGGUAAUUUUGCUUCGUCAUAUUUGAAUUUGCAGCUUUUCUUUUUUGAAAAAACAAAAAAGUUUGCCAAAGGAGGCAAAAACUAGAAUUAAUCUGAAUUCUAUGGGAGAUUUUCUUUAAAGAAAAAUUAAAAUAAAAAAUUAAUAAAAAAUAAAUUAAAUUAAUUUAAUAAUUAAAAAUAUAUUAUAUAUUCACAUUCAAAUUUCCAAUAAAAUGAGUUUUCUAAAUGGUGUAACACUUUAAUGAAAACCCUUGGCCCACAUGAAGUAUGGUGUGUCCAUACCUAGAAUACAAUUACACAUGAAUAUAGUUGGUUGGCAAAUUCAUGGUCCAUG